GGCUGAGAAAGGCAGAACGUCAAAGCAAGAGGCAAGACGGUAAUGGCGGGGCAUCCCAGUCGUCUUCCAUCUGAGGUCUUGAAGGUUUUGCUGACACUAAUCUUCUAAAAUGGAGAGAAGACAACAAGAAACAUGGGAUCUAUUGAAACAACAUAUCCUGGAGAGACUGCAUCUGCGUGUCUCACAUGCACUGCAACACAUGCCACUGGAUAUUGACUAUCUGGAGUUUGUUUGUAACCAGGAAAUGGUUUUCAUUGAAGCUCUGUCUCAACAUAUUCAACUGUCACAGGACAUCACAGAGAGGUUGACUGAUUUACACAAUGCCAUUCAAAACCACCGAAAUAGUCAAGAACCUCCACCAGCUGUUAGAAUUGAAAAACAAUCUGCAAGUGGACGUCCAAGGAUAAUAAUCUCCAUUGAACAUCUGGUUCAUUUGUUGGAAAUUGGACUACCUGUAAACACCAUUGCCAAGUUAUGGGGUGUGUCACGUGCAACAUUAUUUAGGAGGAUGGCAGAGAACAAUUUGUCAGUCCAGAAUUUGUACAGUGCUUGCACAGAUACAGAACUUGAUGAACUUGUCACAGAAAUCAAAGACAGAAUGCCACAUGCAGGCUAUCGACUGGUAAAAGGUACUUUGAAGGCACAAGGAUAUCAUGUGGGAUGGGACAGAGUCAAAGCAUCAAUGCAUCGAGUAGACAGCGUUGGAAUUUUGUCUAGAAUGACUCAGUUGGGAUGUGUUAUCCGGCGAACAUAUUCAGUGCCCUGCCCAAAGUACUUAGUACAUAUAGAUACAAAUCACAAGCUCAUCAGGUACAAUAUCGUAUUGUUUGGUGGCAUUGAUGGGUACUCUCGCAAGAUAAUGUACCUGGGAGCUGCAAACAAUAACCGUUCAGACACCACCUUGGCCUUCUUCUGUCAGGCUGUUGAAGAAUUUGGGUAUCCACUGAGGGUGCGAGCAGAUCAUGGUGGAGAGAAUGUUGGAGUGGCACGUCUGAUGUUGACAGUGCGUGGUCCUGAUAACGGAAGCUUUAUUGCUGGCAAAAGUGUGCACAACCAAAGGAUGGAGAGGCUCUGGCGUGAUCUUUGGAUGGGGGUCACCAGUGUUUUCUACCAUGUUUUGCACUCACUGGAGGAGGAGGACUUCUUGGAUCUCAGCAAUCCUCUGCACUUGUUUUGCUGCCAUUAUGUCUUCUUGCCUCGCUGGCAAGUUAACCUUGACAUAUUUCGACAAGGAUGGGACAAUCAUCCAAUGAGAACUGAGCAAAACCUCACACCAAAUCAGCUUUGGGAAGUAGGACAGAUGGUGCAUCCAGUUGUUGACCCAGAGGAGGUGCAAAUUCCCUACAUACAGUGGGAGGACAGUGGUUUUCUUCCUGAUCCACAUGCCGAAGUGCGGGUACCAGAACUGGGCAGCCCACUCACAGACGAGCAAAUGGAGCUGCUGCGGGAACACAUUAACCCUCUACAACCUUCAGAGUCUAGUGGCAUGGACAUUUACUUGCAUACAGUGCAGUAUGUGGAAUCAUUACUUGAGACAAGUUAGAUGCUAAGUAGAUUGCAUUAUGUUGUUAAUGAUGAAAGCAUUUCCCCAACUAAUUGUUUAAAAAGGCCAUUUGCAAAAGUAUACCCAUAGAUUGACUACUGCAAAAGCAAAUAAAUAAAUAAAAAUAUGCUUUAAUUAGUAACUACAUUGAUCUUUUGCAUUAGAGACUGAUGGAAAAAACUUUCUAAACAUGUAUGCCAACAUCACUGAAAACUUUAAUAUGUAAAUAAAAUUAAUUUCACAGUGAACUUCCAGAUGUUGAUUGU